UUCACUGUUUUUUUUUUUUUUUUUCCCCCUUUGCAGUAUGGGGAAUCAAUUCAGGGGCACUCUCCCACUCAGCCACUUCCCCAGCUCUUUUUAUAUGAUUAUUAUUUUUUAACUUUAAGACAGGGUCUCAACUGGUGGGAUUCCUUGGUGGAACUCCUUCUGCCUCUGCCUCCCAGAUUUCUGGGAUUACAGGAGUGCGCCACCAGGCCCAGCUGGCUUAUUUAUUGUAAGUGCAUCUCUCAAGUGUGUCUGGCUUACAAGUUCUGCUACUCUUUAUGCUUAGUCUGUAGUGGAAGAGACAACAGAAAAAACAGUUGCUUCAACUCUGUGCAUUUUUUAAAAUUUGGUGCUAUUUUACCCUUACAGAACUUAUAUGAAAGUAUUAAGAAUGAACCCUUUAAGAUCCCAGACGAUGAUGGGAAAGAUCUGAUAUAAAUGUUCUUUAACUUGAUGGGGAAGGCUGGCUCCUGAAGCUGGGUGAGCCUGCUGUGUGUGCCCUGUCCACAGCCCCCAGCCCGCCUGGCAGCUCCCUGGUCUCCCUCCUGCUCCUCAUAGCAGAGGCCCCUAUGCACAAGGCAGAAACGUAAAAAAGAGUGCAGUUGAACCAGAGCCCACUCUAAGCAGCCACACAUCCCAGCACCAAUGGCUGUUUCCCUGAACAGUGUCCUUUCUAAGCAAGCCAUGGGCUCAGUGUCUAUGGCAGGGACUUCACAACCCAUCCCAGAAAACUGCUGAGUUAGUGUCCACCUAAGUGCAGGGCAGUUUUCUCUGCAAGAAGCAAGUACAUUUACCUCCAAAGAACCUGUGUGCCUUCCUCUUGGUUUGGUGUGGCUGUGAUUUUUGAUGAGUGGUUUAAAUGUGCCUUCUUGUUGUUUUCCUUCUGCCUGUGGCUCCCACCUUUCUGUUCUGUGACAGGCUGUCCCUGCUUGUCCUGCGUUAGGAGGUAGGUACCCAGUGGCUUCUCUCCCUUCCCCAGCAGCUCAUUCCAAGUCUUCAGCUGCCUGUGGCUGCCUCUCCUGGGAGCCAAGCUCUUGACUGCCCCUCCUGCCCCUCUCUGGACCCCAUCCCUGUUUGUGCCUGGCCCACACCCACAUGCACCCACAGGUGGCGGGGCUACCUGGACCUGCUGCUACUCAGUAUCAUCAUCUGCCUCCUCGUGCUGGUGGGCCUCAUCCGCAGCUCCAAGGGCAUCCUGGUCAAGUGAGUCUGGAGGUGAGGUGUACUUGUGGGAGGGAUGGGUUGAGCACCUGAGGUACUGUCUCCCCAUCAUGGGUCUGUGUGGGACUCAGAGGCCUGCCCAUGGUCUGCCCGAGGUCUACCCGAGCCUGCUCCAAGAUGCCCAGUCUGGGUUGCCUCAGAAAAGUCAAGAGAGCUGGAGCCACCUGCCUAGGUCCCCAAGUGCUGGGGAAACCAGGAGAUCAGGCCGGAGCUCCUGUGACCUCUGCCCGUGGACAUGGAGGAGGGUCUGCUUGCUGGGAGUGUUGGCCCUGGUCAUCAGCUGGGGUGCCCUGGCUUUGGAGCUAGCUGUAUCUGUGGUUCCAGCGACUUCUGUGUGGACCCUGACACCUACGUGACCAAGAUGGUGGAAGAGCACUCAGUGCGAAAUGGGGACAUUCUGCAGUACUACCUGGCCUGCUCGCCCUAUGCUGCCAACCCCUUCCAGCAGAAGCUGUCAGGCAGCCACAAGGCACUGGUGGAGAUGCAGGACAUUGUGGCCGAGCUUCUGAGGAACGUCCCCCGGGAGCAUCCCGCCACCAAGGACCCCCUGCUCCGUGUCCAGGAGGUGCUGAACGGCACGGAAGUGAAUCUGCAGCACCUCACCGCCCUGGUAGACUGCCGCAGCCUGCACCUGGACUACGUGCAGGCACUGACGGGCUUCUGCUAUGACGGCAUCGAGGGCCUCAUCUACCUGGCGCUGUUCUCCUUCGUCACAGCCCUCAUGUUCAGUUCCAUCGUCUGCAGCGUCCCACACACCUGGCAGCAGAAGAGGUGGGGGCCAUGGAGACCUGCUCGGCCUGCUGCUGGCGUGUUUCUGACCUUGGGGCCGGAGGGCAGAGCUGCGGGACCUGCUCAGAAGCACAAGCGCUGCCAGUGGCCAAGAGCCACACACAAGGUGAAUGUAUAUAGCAUGAGAGGUGGCCGCUGCCUGGAUGUGGCCGUGAGCCUGUUAUCUCAGGAGUCCUGAGAUAUUUUAUUUUUCUUGGCAAAUACUAAAAAUCUUCUCAAUGUAAUUUCUGUGGUUUCUAUUCAGCUUGGGUUUCAUGUUUUAAAAUAAACAUUUUAAUGAA